AUGUUAUUUAUUCUUAUUAUAACAGCUAUUCUUGCAGUGCUCACUGUGAAUCUUUGGAGAGCUAGACAGCGACUUCCAAAAGGUCCAACACCUCUUCCACUCAUUGGAAAUCUUCACCAACUUGUCUACAAAUGCUGGAAGACAGGAGGAACUGUAGCCGGAUUCAAUGAAUUCAGAAAAGAGUUCGGAAAAGUGUUCACUGUUUGGAUGGGUCCAAUCCCAACGGUACAUAUUGCUGAUUUUGACGUGGCCCAUGAGACUCAUAUCAAGAGAGCCAACACCUUCGGUGUACGGUACUCAAAUGGAGGAAUGAAUUAUAUCAGAGAAGGAAGAGGGAUUAUUGCAUCCAAUGGAGACUUCUGGCAGGAGCAUAGAAGAUUCGCGUUGACUACGUUGAGAAAUUUUGGGCUGGGAAGGAACAUAAUGGAGGAGAAGAUAAUGGAAGAGUAUAGAUAUAGAUUCCAAGAUUACAAGAAGACCAACUUUAAAAAUGGAGGAAUCGAGGUCCACGCAUCAUCCUGUUUCGAUCUUCUCGUCGGAUCCAUCAUCAACACUUUACUCGUCUCCGAACGGUUCGAACAGGACAAUGAAGAGUUCGAGGAGUUGAAAGUGAACUUGGCAAGGUCGCUUGAGAAAGUUUCCAUCAUUGAUGCAUUCACACCACUGUGGCUUCUGAAGUCUGAUAUGUGGAAAUGGAGAACGAAGACUAUUUUCGCUCCGUUUGAUUUUGUGUAUGGAUUGGUGAAAAGAGGUAUUCAGAGAAGAGUCGCCGCAAUCGAAAGUGGAAAACAUGUUGCUAGUGAGGAAGGAGACGAUUAUGUUGAUGCAUUUUUAAUCAGAAUGGAGAAAGACAAAAGGGAAGGGAUUGAUUCAACUUUUACACACGAGACACUUGCAAUCGACUUGUAUGAUUUGUGGUUGGCCGGACAAGAAACAACAUCAACCACAUUGACAUGGGCAUGCGCAUGUCUUCUGAAUAAUCCAGAAGUCGUUGAGGAAUUGAGAAGAGAACUUAUUGGAGUCACUGGAGGAACAAGAGGAAUUUCAUUGACUGAUAAACCGAAUACACCAUAUUUGAAUGCAACUAUCAAUGAAAUUCAAAGGAUCGCCUCCAUCCUUAACACCAAUCUAUUCAGAAUUCUGGAAGAGGAUACAGUAAUUGAUGGGCAACCAGUUUCUGCUGGAACAGUAGUCACUGCUCAAAUGUCUCUGCUUCAUACAAAUGAGGCGGUUUUCAAAAAUCAUGAGGAGUUCAAUCCAGGUCGCUUUUUGGAAAAUAAUAAUCUCGAGAAAACAUUGAUGGCGUUUGGAAUUGGAAAACGAUCAUGUCUUGGAGAGUCAUUGGCUAGAGCAGAGUUGUAUUUGAUCACCGGAAAUCUGGUUCUCGAUUUCAACUUGGAGCCGAGUGGACCAAUGCCAGCAAUCAAAACUCAUACUCCAUUUGGAUUGAUGAAGAGACCACCAAACUAUCAUAUUCGUUUUGUGCCAGUUUCAUAA